UCCCUCAUGUGCCAAACACGCGAGCGGGUGCUGAGGGAUGGGCAGGAGGACACAGCCACCCCAUUACUCCUGUUUCAUUUCUUCCCUUGGAAAGCAAUCCUGUGCCUGCAGAGUUUCACUUGUUCCCUUCCCAACGUGUCUACAGCAGAGUUAGACGGGGGAAAUGAAGAGGAGAGAAGCCUCAGCAGACCUGGAGCUCCCCGAAGAUGAGAGGGAAAGAAGGGCUAAAGUGGAGAUCAGGCAGCUGCAGACCCAUUUUCAUCAUGAAUCGUACAAGAGGAAAUUCUUCUAUGACAAUAUCUGGCGGCAAAUGCAGGCUCAGGAAAAAGCAAUAGAUGAUCUGAAGCAAGAACACAGACAUGUGACAUUAAUGCUGAGCCAGAUCUAUUCACCGAGCAGCGUGAUACUGGAAAACAGAAAUCGUAUGAAGGUCCAAAGCCUUUUGCAGACCAGAAUGCAGAAGGAUGCCCUGAUCAAAGAAAGAAAAGCUCAGUUAGCUGACCUGGCCAAGCAGGUUGUAGAGCUGGAAAAAAAGAUAGUGAAGCAAAGAGACACAAACUGGAGGAUGCUGGAAGCAAAGAGCCAAAAACACCUGCAGAAGAAGAUUGAAUUACUGGAGAUACGUCUGAGUCAUGUCACUGUCCGCUACAACACCAUCAUGACCCGAAACAGCAGGCUCCGAGAAGAGACUGCCAGCCUGAAGAUCCAGAAAGCCAUUUAUGACAGCAACUACUGGAAGCUGGAAAAAAGUCUGGUUCAGCAGAACAAAUUGCUGAACGCUGCUAUCGAGCAAGCCACGGAAGACUACAAGCAGCGGAUGGAGGAUCUGGGGCGGAUCUCGGACAUUCGGGACGUGCACUACAGGGAAACCAUCCAGUACAACAUCAGGCUGCUGGAGAGGAAGUGUGCCCUUCACCAGGAGAACAGGCUGAAAAACUUCUUCCUCAGCAAAUGUGCAGAUCUCUCUGCACUAAAGGAACGGGCCAAACAGAGAGAAGCCUUUGAGGCAGCCGAGAGGGCCAAAAGGAGCCAAAAGGAGAGCUAUGAGGUGGCCUACAAGCGUCUGCUGGAGCUGUCGGACGGAGACAUCGAUGAUUUCUUGGAGGACUUCCUUGAAAAGGACAGGAGAUUCUUCAUCCUCUUUGGCUACGCCGUUAGGCUGAACGUCAGGAACGAGGGUCCCAGGCAGAGGAUCCGGGAGAUCCAGGGUGACAUGAAGGUCAUCAGAGCACAGAGACAACAGGCAGAGAAAACCUGGACUCACGUCCUGCAGGAGCUGGAGGCAAAAAUAACAGAGACCACCGAGGAAGCCAACAAGUAUGAGGACAAAUUCAAGGAGAGCAGCAAACCCCUGGGACAGAUCCAAUCUCACAUAGAGACCCUCUUGAAGGACAUGGACUGUGACACUACAAUGAUAGUGAAGCCUCUUGGGGAGAGCUUGGUGCCAGUUUUUGGUCCCGUGGAGAACAAGAUCAAGGAGUUCCUGCUGAGGGAGUCCUUGCUGCGCUACACGUCCAUCGAUCGUACCCAGCGCGCCCAGGCCUUCAUCAGCCCCCUCCAGGCAGACUCCAACCUCCUCUGGACCAUGGACAGGGCCAAGCUCUGCCCACCCCCCCCAGACCUGGAGACCACUGACCCCAAAACCGCAGAAGAGCCGCUGGGCCGGGCUCGGCUGCGUCAGCUCGUUCUCCAGAGGCAGGAGGAGGAGCUGGCCAGGCCCUCCAGCUCAGGCAGGAGGAGGAGGAGAUUCACAUCACAGAGUGCAUCAGGGGCCAGGAGCCCGUCCGAGACCGGGAGCCCACCAGGGGCCAGGAGCCCAUCAGAGACCAAGAGCCCACCAGGGAAUUAAAGAAGCAGUUUC